AUGGCUGAUAGUCGUUUUCAUAUUUGGGCCAAAGCUGAACCAUUUACUUUUGGUGCUCUCAAUUCGCCACCACCACCGGAACUUUCUCCAUCGAGUUUGAAAGGAAUAGUGAAAUAUAUGAAAAAAAAUGAAAAAUGUGGCUAUCCAAAAAUGAAUUACAUUUUGUGGCGUCAUAUAGCGUGUCAAAAAUUACAUAUGACUGAAGAACUAGCGUGGAUGUAUUUUGAAUCGUAUGGUUUAUUAACAAACGCUGGAAACGCUAAACGUACACAAUUAGAUAUUCAAAUGGCAAAGGCAACGGCAUCAACAGAAAUCGAAAGACUAAAGGAUUCAAGAAAAGUAGACAGUUUAGCAUUUGUUCUGUUAUUAUUUUUACAAUCAUUUCAUCAUAUCGAUUUAAAAUCAACAUUAUCACGUGAUGAGUGGCCUAAUCGUAAACGAAGUUCAGACAUCGAUGCCAGAAAAAAUCGAAUUUAUGAUGAACAAACACAUCAAUUAUUUAUUCAAGCUCAUUUAGACGAUAUGUUGAAUAUCAUUGCUGAUACUGAACAACAUAAUGAAAUAGCUCAAGCAACCUUGAGUAUUGAAGCUAUUGCAGCACUCAGCUUCAUAUUUGAAUGUUCAUUGAAUAAUAGCCAUACAAAAGUGUAUUCAUUACAAACAUUACUCAAUUAUAGAUUUAUUCAAGAUGAAGUUGGAAUGUCGAUUGUAGGGAGUCAAACUGUUGUACCAUUCAAAGGAUUAUCAAAUUUAAUACGUCGUUCACUUAUAUCGAAUCCAUUUCAAGUCGGACAAACAAUGAAAUUGGGCACAUUAUUACCAUUACCAUUUAAUAAUCCAACUCAUGAACAACGGUCUGGUAGAGUAUUAUGUAAUUCAAAUUUUGCUGAUGAACAACAUCGUUUCGUUCUAAUGACAAUGAUUAAUCGAUCGUUAAAUGAACAGCAUUUGCCAAACGUAUGGAUGGCUGAAUUUCGUAUUCAUCGUUGUAGUUAUUCUUAUAUUUAUAUUCAUGCUCCACUUCGAUGUGUUGAAGUUCGAAAAUGUCAUAAUGUAACAAUUGUAUUUGGUUCCAUAGAAACAACAUUAAAAAUAAGUGAUUGUGAAAAUGUAUCAAUAUCAGCUGUUUGUAGAAGACUUGUUAUUAGUCAAUGUCGUUCAUCAUCAUUUUAUAUUCUUACACCAACUCGUCCAUUGAUACAGUUAAAUUGUUCAAAUUUAUUAUUUGCUCCUUACAAUACAUCCUAUAAUAAAUUACCAGAACAUAUGGAAAAAACUGGACUAUGUAAAGAUUUAAAUUUAUGGAAUAAACCACUUAUUACACAUCCGGCAGGAUAUCGUUGUGAUUCACAAUCUGGUGAAAAAAGUUUGAUUCUCGAUGACUGUUGGUCAUUGAUGAAUCCUGAAGAUUUUUAUCCAAUAAGUACAAUACGUUCAGAAGAUCAACAAAAAGAUUGUUUUAUUCCAUUACCUGUUGAGUAUCAGAAUGCUCUAGAUAAGCGUCAAAAAUCAAUAUCAUUAUUAGCCAAUGAAAUAACAGAUGCACAAUUAGAUCAAGAACAACGUCAACGUUUUCAACGUUUUGUUGUUACACAUUUUGAAUCUUGGUUAGAAGCAACGGGAAAUAAAAAAAUACUUGAUCAUUUAUCUAGUUUAGUACUCAAUUGA